AUUCCACGCAGGUUAAUAGCAUUCAAGCAAAUAUACUAUUCCACGCAGGUUGAUUAGUACAGCUAUUGCCCAAAUUCAUGGCUCUCGAAAUUUGGGAAGACUUUGGCGGUCUGAGUCGUCAAUGCAAUGGCAUUUAUUCCAUCCCAUAUUAGGAAGCAGAGUUGCUUCUGUCAGAAACAGAGCAGACAAAAAAUGAACAGAAAGACUCCAAAUUCCAUGGCUUCUUCUUCUUCUCAACCAAUGAGUUCUCCAUCCUCAAUCCAUCCUCCCCUUCCUCACCUCCUCGUCGUUCUGCUACUACUACUGUUCCUACCCUCUUGCACAAUCGCCCAGCCGCCGCCAUUCGCUCUCUCAAACUGCGCCGACCAGGUCGGCAACUACACCGCCGGCAGCGCGUACGGGAGAAACCUUAACGCCCUCCUCUCCACCCUCGCCGCCGACAACCAGACCACCACCGGGUUCUACAACCGCUCCUCGGGUCGGGGCGCGGACCGGGUCAACGCGAUCGGGCUCUGCCGGGGCGACGUCGGGCCGCCCGACUGCAGGGGAUGCAUCGCCAACGCCACGGGCCGGAUCCUCAUGGACUGCCCGGCCCAGAAGGAGGCGUUCGGGUACUACGAGUUCUGUAUGAUCCGAUACUCGAACUGGCCCAUCCAAGGGACACUCGACUUGGGCCCGCCCGUCACGUUCUUCAUGUGGAACGUCAACAACGCAUCCGGCCCGGCCCAGUUCGACGCGGCCUUGGGUUCCUUGUUGGCCCGGCUGCGGGCCGAGGCGGCGGGCGGAAGCUCCGUGAGGAAGUUCGCCACGGGAACGGCGCGGCAAGGUUUCGUGACGAUCUUCGCUCUCGUUCAGUGCUCGCCGGAUCUGUCAGAGCAGCAAUGCGACGACUGCCUCGUCGGAGCCAUCGGCCGGAUUCCGGAUUGCUGCGACGGGAAAAUCGGCGGACGAGUCAUACAACGGACUUGCAAUUUGAGAUUCGAGACUUCUCGAUUUUAUUCUAAGACGGCGGCGCCGCCUACAGAAGGAGGCAGAGGAAGCGAGAAUUCGAGCAGAAUUGUAGCUAUUGUAGUUCCUAUCGUCGGCACCGCCGUGCUCGGCUUCAUUUUCAUUUUCUUCUUCUGCAGCCGCCGGAAACGGAAGAGGUCAACAAUCCCUAAUCAGAGGUCAAGCCAGCAAGAAGAUGCAACUGUGGACGAGAUCAUCAACAACGAAGGAUGGUUGCAAUACGAUUUCGAAACGAUUCAAGCAGCGACCAACGAUUUUGCCGAUGAAAGCAAGCUCGGAGAAGGCGGAUUCGGGGCUGUUUACAAGGGAGUUUUGUCAAACGGAGAACAAGUGGCGGUGAAGAGAUUGGGAAUAGAUUCAAGGCAAGGAGAUUUAGAAUUCAAGAACGAAGUCAAAUUAGUGGCUAGGCUUCAACACAGGAAUCUAGCUAGACUUUUGGGAUUCUGCUUGGAAGGGAGAGAAAAGCUUCUCAUCUAUGAGUUCAUCCCCAAUGCCAGUCUCGAUCAUUUCCUCUUCGACGAAUUUAAACGAGUGCAUUUGAAUUGGGAGAGAAGAUACAACAUAAUUGGAGGAAUUGCGCGAGGGAUGGUUUACCUUCACGAGGAUUCUAGGUUGAGGAUCAUUCACCGUGACCUAAAAGCCAGCAAUAUCUUGUUGGAUGCGGAGAUGAACGCAAAGAUCUCGGAUUUUGGAAUGGCGAGGUUGUUCGAUAUAGAUGAGACUCAGGGGAAUACUAGCCGGAUCGUUGGAACUUAUGGCUAUAUGGCUCCCGAAUAUGUUAUGCACGGGCAGUUCUCGGUGAAGUCUGACGUGUUCAGUUUUGGAGUGCUUAUUUUGGAGAUUGUGAGCGGUCAAAGGAACAAUUGUGCACGCGGAGGCUCGAGCAUGGAGGACCUAUUAAGCUAUGCGUGGAAGAACUGGAGGAAUGGGACGUACACGAGCCUCAUAGAUCCAUCUCUGGGGAACAAUGUCUCGGGCUCAGAGGUCGCGAGGUGCAUUCACAUCGGGCUGCUGUGUGUGCAGGAGUACGUGAACGACAGGCCGACCAUGGCCACCGUUGCUCUGAUGCUGACGAGCCAGUCGAUGACUCUGCCGCUACCUUCCAAGCCGGCCUUCUUCAUGCACUCCGGCACCGGCGAUGGGGUGUCGUCGUCGUGGGGAUACAGCAGCACUUCCAGGGAGGGAACUGGUUCCUCUCCGUCAGCUGAAGCGCUGUCUUUGUCGAGGAAUGACGUUUCCAUAACCGAGCUUUAUCCUCGCUGAAACGCAGAAGACUUGAACUCGAGUCAUUCAGAUUAAUAGUCAAUAUUCCUAACUAACUGGACUACAACAAUGGUUAUGUAUUUUUUGAAUUAAACAAAGAAAAUAUUGAAAUAUCUCAAAAUCAUAGGACUAUCCACCGCAAUAAUCAAUCAUCAAAUUAAUUAAUAACUGUAAUUAUUUACAAAGAAAAUUAUCAUGAUAUACCUAGCUUUAUGUAUCAACUAAGUGAGUUACUCUAAUCACACAAUUCUUCACCAAGAAUCAAAUAGUACAUUUUGAGUUUAUGUAUGUCUUACAACUUUUACAUUUAUUAGAUUACAUGACUUUAUAGUUUGUAGGAAUAUAAGGAUUGUUUGCAA